UGUCCACUCUCCUCCAGGCCACUCUAUCCACCGAUCGCAUCCGCCAGAUCGCUCGCAAUCGUGCGUCCCUGUAUCCGCCUCUCCGCUCCACUACGAGAUCGCUCGGCCGGUCGGCGCACCUGGUCUCCCGACCGCUCCGUUCCGAUGCUCGCCAAUGAGCCACUCCCCCAAGCCAGCAUUUUCUCUGGCUUCAUGCUUUCCAAGCCGCUGCUUGCUCGUCGAUGGCGGCCAAGGACCAGCACGCUGAUCGUCUUGAUCAUCGCCAGUGCCUUGCUGGCGCUCGUUCUGCGCACCCUCGAUACCCGCCAGGCUGCCCGCAUCGCCAUUCUCAAUGAAAUCGGGCUGCCGUACUUGCUGUACAAUGACGUCACUCCCAUCCGCGACUCGGAACUCGGGCUUGUCUCGGACCCAGGCUCGGUCGUCAGCAAAGGUCUUCUCGUCCACGGGGAGCUGGCUGGCGUUUUCACCAUCUUCAACAUAUCCCGCUCGUUGGGAUGCCAACUGCCGAUCGGAUACGUACUCUCGGUGGAAUCUUUUGCCCUUCUCUCGGCCAACGAGCUCUUCCAGAUCCGCGAGCACCAGAUCGAUCUUGUGGUCGUUCGAUCGUCGAGCGAGCCCAAUGCGUCACAAUCGCCGCGCUUAACCGAGCACGGCAUUCUUCCGCCGACAGCGGUGCAGGCGGCUCUGGCAUCUCGCUUCGAUCAAGCUUUGUGGAUGAGCUCCGACACCGUCCCGCUCUCCGAUCCGUCUGCUUUGUUUGAUCUUCCUCAGUUCCGCCAAGACGGCAUCCUCACCUGGCUUCGACCGAGCCUCGGCAGAUCGAGCCCAUCGACCGUCGACUCCCAUGCUAGCGGCGUCUAUCUGAUUGAUCGGCGUCGACACAAGGACAUGCUACAUGAGGUAGCAGUACUUGAGAAGCAGUCGGCUUCACAGACGAGGUCGCAAUCAUCACCCCACGGCGAUCAGCUCCUCUUUCCGCGAGUAGCUACCCGUCUCGCAAGCCCAGAAUCGGUCUGGGCCCACAAUGACUCGAGCAGCGCCAAGAUUUGUGCGCUGGCAUGGGUCCUGGGCUCUCCCGGAGCACCCCAUUUCAUUCAGAGCUCGGGCGAGAUUGAGCUUCCUGCACCUCUCGAUAUCCGUGGGCCGCUAUUCAGCGCCGUGUGCUCGGCAUCGGAAAAGCACCAGCGUCCUGCACGAUGGAAGAUACAUCGCCAAACACAUCCGAACCCGACCCUAUCAGAGUGCCUCAUGCCCGCUGAAGAAGCGGAUAUGGAGUGCACCGCACUGCCACAGGCCCACCAUGAGUUUAACGACAUCUAUGCGGCGGCGUGGUACUGGGCUGCUCAAUCGGUCGGUCGUUACCGCGGAGUCCUGUCGGCGGGCUGCAAGUCGCCGCGAUAUCAUGCACCUGUCGCCCCUGUCCGGACACUCACAUAUGCUGCCUAUCGGAGCGACCUCAAGUCUAUGCUCAAGUCCAUGCCUCCAUUUACGUACGCUCGGUCCCGGGUUCGUCCGGGCACCCGAGGCAUCGUCAUGACGGGGGGCCCCAAGGACGUCGGCAGAGUGAUCGGGCUUGUCCGGCACCUCCGAGCCGUUGGCUGCCUGCUUCCUGUCGAGGUGCUCUACUUUGGAGACGAAUAUUCUGCUGACGUGGCGGCGCGGCUGCGCACCGUCAAUGUGACGGCUCUUGACAUGUCCGAUCCCAGCCAUGUGGCGUUUCCGAUCCAAGCGAUCAGCAGUCUGCGGUCGAAAAAGCUAGGAUCCGGCAAGCUGCCAUCGAUUGUUGGAUCGUCGUUCGAGGAGGUCCUCUAUCUCGACCCCGACAACUUUCCGGUGCGCGAUCCAAGCUAUUUGUUCGAUAGUCCCGAAUAUCGGCUCGCCGGGACGGUACUGUGGACGGACUACUGGCGAACGAGUCGCUGGAACCCGAUUUGGCAUACGAUGGGUCUGUGUUGGGAGCGUGAAUGGGAAACAGAAAGCGGAAUGGUCCUGGUGCACAAGCGCAAAGCCUGGCGUGGACUUGUGACGGCGCUUUACAUGAAUAUCCACUCGGAUUUUUACUAUCAGCUGAUCUUUGGGGACAAAGACACCUUUCGCUUCGGCUACAAGGCAUCUGGCACACCGUACUACGCCAAUCCCUACUGGGUCAAUGCCCUGGGCUCCUUCAACAGCCUGGGCUACUUUUGCGGCACGUCGAUGCUGCAGUCCGAUAUCUCUGGAAACUACUUGUUUGUGCAUGCGAACCUGGUCAAGUACGAUCUGGAUCCGAUCAACAGCUAUGCCAACGGCGAUCCGUUUGCCUGGAUCGUGACCUUUGAUGUUCCCCGUGGCCACGAAAUCGAGUUGGCCGAUUCGUUUACUGAGCUGCAGGGACGCAUCUCGUUUUCGUAUCUGCGGGGACUGGGACUGGGGUGGCGAGGCGGCUGCGUCGAGCUGGGCCCGUCGACAGCACGCUUUGAGCAGGUUGGUCUGCGUCGGGAAAGAUUCGACGCCAUUGCGCCUGACUUUACCGAGCAGUACAUGCAGUCUUGGUAUGGGUACUCCAGCCCGGAACCAAUCCAGCGUGACCCGUCCCUCGGUCCGCAGUGAGGGCACAGUCGAUGCCGCUUGCGCAACAGCGCAUUCCGCCGCCACCGUGUCGGCCCACCCUCUCUUUCUCUCUGCGUCUCCACUUCUCUCUCCCCGCCAUUCUGACCCAAUACAUCGCCGCGCCGUUCCACCAC